AUGGCGGACGGCCAUUCGCCGUUCGAGCGCACGACAUACCGCUACACGCCUGUGCUAGCUUUUCUGUUGCUGCCGAACGUCUACGUGCAUGAAAUGUUCGGGAAGCUGCUGUUUGUGGGCUGCGAUAUGCUGGUCGGAUACAUUUUGUACCAGAUUUUGAGUGUGUGGCUGUUCCACCCAUUCUCGGUGAAUAUCUCGACGCGAGGCAAUGCAGAUUCCAUCGUGGUGUUGCUGGUCAUGUUGUCACUGUUACUGAUGAUGCGGAAGCAGCUCGUGCUCUCAGUUGUGGCAUAUGGCGCCGCUGUCCACUUCAAGAUCUACCCUAUUAUCUACGCAUUGGCUUUCCUCGUGUUUCUCAACGGAGACUUUCGAAGUGCAAAUGCCAAGUGGACUUCUUCUUGCUGCUCGUCAGUUUGCUUUUGGGCGCAGCUUGCUGGACUUCUCAACAGAGAUCGCCUCAUCUUCGGCCUUGUGAGUGGAGGUCUCUUCAUCUUCCUUGCUGCCGGCUGCUAUUACCUCUACGGAUUUCAGUUUCUAUACGAGGCGUACCUUUACCACUUCACGCGCACGGACAACCGUCACAACUUCUCGGUCUACUUCUACGAUCUCUAUCUUCGAUACAACACUCCGUCAGGUUUCGGUGUUGGGCUCCUAGCGUUUCUGCCUCAACUCACAUCCCUCGUUGCCAUAUCGUUCGCAUAUGGUCGUGAUCUUCCCUUCGCGUUGUUCGCGUUAACAAUGGUGUUUGUCAUCUUCAACAAGGUGUGCACGGCGCAGGAGGCGAGGUAA